UUGGAAUUCGGCUCGGCGCACGUGGCUCAUGCCAGUCGGAGUCCAGACCUUUCUCCGACUUAAACAGUCGGCAUUCCACAUUUGACCACCUUCACCACAGCCUUUGCACGGAGUCCGGAGUAGAUUGAAGCGGACCUUGUCCACGCUCCUUUAAAAGAAAGAUUCGAACCUACUUCACUGACAUCCAUUACUUCACAUUUCUCCCACACAAACGCGCCCCUAGAAAUCCAGAUUUUUCACAAACUGUUAUGGCUAGAGAAGUGUCUGCUCCGCGCAAGUGCACGGGCAAGGAUUGCGAGAACGAUGCCAGCCAGCUUCAGUGCCCUAACUGUCAGAAGCUGGGGAAGGAGAGUUUUUUCUGCUCUCAAGACUGCUUUAAGCGCAACUGGGCCGAACAUAAAAAACUUCACAAGUCACAAAGUAAUAUACUCCGUAACAUCAUCCCACCCAAGGUAGUUUCUCACCCCGACCCAGCUACUGGCCACUUCAACCCUUUCCCCACGUUUCCCUUCACCGGAACACUGAGACCCGUAUACCCUCUGUCGCCUAAACGGCAAGUACCAGCGAGCAUACAACACCCAGACUAUGCGAAGGAUGGCAUACCCCGCUCAGAGCAGGUCUUCGUGGGAAGGAAUAAGAUCACAAUAUUGGAUGCGAAACAAAUAGAAGGCAUGCGCAAGGUUUGCAGACUGGCGCGACAAGUCUUGGAUAUCGCAGCUAGGGAGGCGAAGCCCGGAGUGACGACCGACUAUAUCGAUGAAAUCGUCCACAAGGCGUGUCUGGAGAGAGAUUCUUACCCCUCGCCCUUGAACUACUGUCAUUUCCCCAAGUCUGUAUGUACGUCACCAAACGAAGUCAUCUGUCACGGCAUACCGGAUCAGCGAGUUCUCCAGGAUGGCGAUAUUCUCAACAUCGACGUAACACUAUAUCAUGGUGGCUUCCACGGUGACCUUAACGAGACAUAUUACAUUGGGGACAAGGCGCUGGCAGACCCGGACUCGGUGCGGAUAGUGGAGACAGCACGGGAGUGCCUCGACAACGCUAUUGAAAUUGUGAAACCAGGCAUGCUGUUCCGUGACCCCGGCAAUGUCAUUGAGAAGCACGCAAAGACGAAGAAUUGCAGCGUCAUCAAGACCUAUUGCGGGCACGGAAUCAAUCAGCUAUUCCACUGUGCGCCGAAUGUUCCACACUACGCCAAGAAUAAAGCGGUCGGACAGGCCAAACCUGGAAUGUGUUUCACUAUCGAGCCAAUGAUUAGCUUAGGAACGCAUAGGGAUAAGACCUGGCCGGACGACUGGACUAGCGUAACACAGGAUGGUACCCGAACAGCACAAUUCGAACACACAUUGCUUGUUACGGAGACUGGGGUAGAAAUUCUGACGGCGAGGUUUCCAGACUCCCCAGGCGGGCCGGUUCCGAUGCCUGGAAGUACGAACGGAGAGGCAGUCGUAGCCACAUAAAGAGGGGCCUCGACCCUGAUGGGGGCAUUUUAAGAUAUCAUUAUUGACAGAUACCACCAUCGUUACAAUUGCCUGCAGGCAAGAACUAUGUUUGAAUGUGCC